CCCCGUUCAAAGACACUUAAAUAUGUUGUCUUCCCCAUUCACCCUCUGAAUGGCACACAUGCACAAUCCAUGUCUCAUGUCUCAAGGCUUAAAAUUCCUUAUUUAACCUGACUCCCCCCCUUCAUCUACACUGAUUGAAGUGGAUUUAACUAGUGACAUCAGUAAGGGAUCAUAGCUUUAGCCUGGAUUCACCUGGUCAGUCUAAGUCAUGGAAGGAGCAGGUGUUUUUUAAUGGUUUGUCUACCCAGUGUAUAGCACUACAGAUAAUCAAGUGCUAUUUGCAUGUGAUGCAUUUGCUCUAUUGUUUACAGGGUGAUUUGUAUCUUAUAGAGCGUGGCUUUAAGGGAAAAGUAUGGUCACAUCUAGAUAAAAAGGAAUGCGAAAAAUGAACAGAGUAUUAACACAAAUGUGUUUUAACACACUACCAAUUCGUAGAAGUAUUUAUUAAUCAUCCACAUAUUCAUAUUAAGCUUCUACGUCUGUGUACAGGAACGUAUUAUUUGUAAGACGUACGAGAAAAUAUAUCAGCUUAUUGUUAAAUUAUUAUGACGUUCUUUCCAAUACAAAAGUGUAGUAACUAUUGUUUCCAAACUGCGUUACCCACUCCAGCCAGCAGAUGACGAUGUGCGUCUUUCGGGUGAUGCUUCUUGCGUGACGUAUAAUGGACUGGACCGGACGCUUCUUCAGAAACAACAACGCGGCUACUCUUUCAACCGCCUCGGUAGCUUGCUAGCCAACAUGAAACCGAUUGAUUGACGCGUUACACCGUGUUUGUGUACAUUAGCUAAUCUCAGUGUUUUAAACACAUUUCUGUUGAUUUAUUAGCUGAUGACCUUUAGCCUAAUUUGCUUGUUCAAUUUGCAAACUUGUUUAAGAUUGAUACUGAGCCUAGCACUAGGCUAGUCGCUAAUGCUAACUAACUAGCUAACAUCCCCGACAAUGAGCUCACUAAACUACUCCUCCCCUGCUAAAGAAGAGGGGGUCUGCUGUAUGGAGAAAGAAGCUCUGGGACUGAACAAUGUCGUGGAAGAUGAGGCUGUUACAGUGAAAGAAGAGGAGGCUGUUACAGUGAAAGAAGAGGAGGCUGUUAUAGUGAAAGUAGAGGAGGCUGUUAUAGUGAAAGAAGAGGAGGCUGUUACAGUGAAAGAAGAGAUAGCAUCCUCUUCCUCUCUAAAAGUUUCUAUCUCAAUAAAGGUGAAGCAGGAAGACGUUUUGGGAGUGAAAGAGGAGGAGACAGAAUAUCAGAUUACUACCAGAGAGAGACAUGACUAUCGUGGAUCCUCUGGGGAGCAUCAACAACAUCCUGAUGCUGACGAGGCAGAGAAGAGUCUCUCCAGAUCAGAACACCAGAUGGACAACGCUAGCCCUUCCUCCCUCCUGGAGUCCCCGUUUCGUGCCUCUCCCGGUAGCACCUUACUGCUGGGUAUGAAGAGGUUGUCUGUGCUGCUGGUGGACUGCAGGAAAACAACAGGGCUGAGUGGAACUGUGAGAGUAGGAGAAGAGAAGAAAGGAUCAGAUAUGACACAUCAACAUAAGUGUUGUAGUUUAGUUUGAACAAAUACAAUAGAUCUGCCCACUGGUAUCUGUUACCAGGACAACCAGCAGAGUUCUGUUAGUUGACAGGAAGAUAGACUGGUGGAUAUGGAUAUUAUGAAUAUCAUAACAAUGAAAAAUGAUUCUGCCAAUGAAAAGAGAGAAACCAAUAGACCAUAUAAAACCUUGAUGAAAGUUAUUUUUAGAGAGAAAGUUUCAAGAUGAUCUGAUGUAAGGUGCAUAUUUUCCAGAAACUUUCCCUAAAUACAUUAUGGAUGUUACAUUGCCUGUCCCAGUCAAUCCCCUAUCUUUACAAGACUCUAGAAGAGGCAGACAAAACUCCAUACACUUCAAUGUGGUCUGUAUUGCUUCAGCAGCAUACCACCCUGCAUACCACUGCUGGCUUGCUUCUGAAGCUAAGCAGGGUUGGUCCUGGUCAGUCCCUGGAUGGGAGACCAGGUGCUGCUGGAAGUGGUGUUGGAGGGCCAGUAGGAGGCACUCUUUCCUCUGGUCUAAACAAAGAUCCCAAUGCCCCAGGGCAGUGAUUGGGGACACUGCUCUGUGUAGGGUGCCGUCUUUCGGAUGGGACGUUAAACGGGUGUCCUGACUCUCUGAGGUCAUUAAAGAUCCCAUGGCACUUAUCGUAAGAGUAGGGGUGUUAACCCUGGUGUCCUGGCUAAAUUCCCAAUCUGGCCCUCAACCAUCACGGUCACCUAAUAAUCCCCAGUUUACAAUUGGCUCAUUCAUCCCCCUCCUCUCCCCUGUAACUAUUCCCCAGGUCGUUGCUGCAAAUGAGAACGUGUUCUCAGUCAACUUACCUGGUAAAAUAACGGUAAAAUAAAAAUAAAAUAAAAAAUGAAGGUGGAUAUUGAUCCAACCAUUUCAAAAGUAAUGACUGGGCUGAUGGAAACAGGAUAUCCCUGUACACUUUUAUAAAUGCCGACAGACGAUUUGUUAUUUUGUUUGACAUGGUUGGGUCUUUUUGUGUCAGUAAAAAUGUAUAAAUGAGAAAUGGUGGCAUUAAUCCUUUAUGCGCAAAUAUUGAUUUAAUAACGAUCAUAUCUUAGUUAACUUGGAGUCACAUGAUGGUAUGUUGUGUGGUCCUCCCUCUACGACUUGGGAACCCAUGCAAUUUAUUAGGCUACAGAUGAAAUAAGUUAUGAACUUCACGGGGUGGUGAAACUGCAUGUGAUGAGCUUGAUGCUCCUUUCCAAUACAUUUUGUUGGUCUUAUUCUGGUGACAUGAUGAUCGAUGCUUGGUUGCCAUUUGACAAAUAAAAUAAUAUCUCUCUUAUCCAUAAUAAUCUCAUUAUGUAGGUAGCCUACCAACACUGUAUCUGUGAGCUGUUGGCUACAGUUUAGUAUUUUUAUUUUUGUUGGCUACAGUGCACUGGACAAGAGCACGUUUGCUAUAUAACUCAACGGUUUUUCAAAACCAUCAGUAGAGUUGAAAAUGCAAUGGAAACCCAUUUAACUUGCAUUUUUCAUUCAGUACAUGGGAAUUCAAAAGCAAAACAUUUUGUUCCGUGCACUACUUCAUCACGCAGACUUUCAUCCGCAAUAAAUCUGUUUGAUGCAAACAUUUCCGGUGGGGAAAAUGCAUAUAUUGUUUUAUGCAGAUUUGAGAAUAUUCACAUGAAAAUCUGUCGCAAAUUGCAUGGAAAUGUAGCUACUAAGGUGGAUAUUGAUCCAAUACCUGCCUCUUAUUCAAACCAGCCCACUGGGCACAGACGUCAGUUCAACAUCUAGUUUCUAUUUACAUUUCUUUGAUUCGUCAACUAAAGUGAAUUCAACAUGAAAUCAACACAAAAUGUCACCUGUCACUGGAUUUAGGUUGCCAGUUGUGUGAAAAUUAAUAAAAAUACCUGAUGUUCAUGGCUUUUUACAAAUCCAAUCAGUUUUCCACAUUAAUCGAACAUCAUCACAUGGAUUUGUUUUGUUGAAAUCAAAUAAAAUGUUAUUGGUCACAUACACAUGGUUAGCAGAUGUUUUUGGUCACAUACACAUGGUUAGCAGAUGCUAUUGGUUACAUACACGUGGUUAGCAGAU